UUUUACCGUGUAUCAGAAAGCUUUUUCAGCAAAUCAGGAAAAUCGCGAAGCCCCGCAUCGCAUUUUUAUUUCUGUCAAAGUAUUUAGAACAGUACAGAAUAAUGAUAUUAUUCGUGAUUCGUGAGCGACGUGAUAAAAAGAUAUAAAAAGAUUUAUGUCUGCACAGUAUCAUGGAAUCAAUGCAGCUUGAUCAGAUUGACGUGAAGCCGCUAAUACUUGGUAAUAUCGACAGUACAUCUUCGGACACUGAAUCCCAAAAGGUUGCAGAGCUGGAAAUUCUGCCCGUAAUCUACGAAAUAAUCAGAAGUGUCGAAAAGGAUCCUGUGGACAACGCUAGUAAACAAAAAGAAAGCCAAGACUGCAGUCAAAAGGUUUUGGAAUUGCAAAAAAGGCUAGAAUCGGCCAGAAUAACUAUUAGGCAAUUGCCCGGAAUCAACUACAGCAAAGAAGAACAACUAAGAAGACUCGAUAGCCUUCGGAAGCAACUGGCGCUAAAGCAACAACUGAUCAAGAAAUAUAAAAACGUUCAAUUCUAAUAAUGAUUCGUGUAAUUUUACGAUAUUUGGCUAAUAACGAACAGCUCAUUCAGCGUCUUGCUGAUAGCUAUCCGAUGCGCAGGGCUGCACAAUUGCUAGUAAGUGCUUACUAUAGAAGUCGGGCGAUUGCCCAAGAACAGAAGCUAGUUGAGAUGACACCAGAAAAAUUUAAACAAAUGAUGAAUGCCUUCCAAUCCAAUGUUAAGCAAGAGUUGAAAGCCGCAAAAAACGAUUUAAAAAAACGUAAAUAGUUGUCAGGAUGUAUUGUAUUGAUUUAUGAUAGAUGUAAUAUAAACAAUAAAAUGAAA